CUGUAAUUCUGUGUUUUAUGUUUAAUUGUCUACAUGGUGUUUUCUCUGACAGGCAGCCUCAGAGGGGUCCUUUCCGGUGUUGACUUUACUAGCGCCAGCUGUCAGUGGAAGCUAGUAAGGCUGCUAUCUUUGCUAGCGCGUUAUUUUAAGAAUUUUACAUUAAAAUAUACGUCCUCUUGUCGCCAACGUAAUUAUCUCCCGCAUCGGAUUUUAACUCGCUUGAAUUAACAGAUGCACUUAUAUUUUUCGCCUUUUCUUGCGUCUUUUUAGUGAGCUCUGCACAAGUUUAAGGUAGCUGUAGCUGGCUAGCUUGUUGUUAGCUGCAGACAAAUCUGGUGCAGACAGGUUUAGCACUGCAGAUUCAGCUUCUCUUGUUUUGAAGUCAUUGUUGACGGGCGGAAAGUUGCAUCGUGUAAAAAGACUGUAGAGACCAUGCAGCUUCACAUGAUUAGUUUCUGCAAAUUAUGGUUUGCACCAUUAUGAUUUUAAAUCAGUCACGGUAACGUUGGGUCAUCGAUUUAGUUUGUAGACCUAACGUCAUCCGAAUGCAUUUGGUCUUCGUUGACCUUAUCUGCUGUGUAUUGUAUAAGAGUAUUGAGUUUACGGUUUGCGUAGUUUAACAACAACUGUUCACUGGUGCGAAACUUUGAAUCUGCAAUCAUGGAUAAGAAAUCAUUUGAUAUAGUCUUGGAUGAGAUACGAAAGUGCGUCCUGACCGAUCAGCGGAUCAAAGCCAUAGAGCAGGUGCAUGGAUAUUUCUCCAGUGAGCAGGUGAUGGAGAUACUGAAGUACUUCUCUUGGGCAGAACCACAGAUCAAAGCUGUUAAAGCUCUGCAGCAUAAAAUGGUUGCAAUACCUACAACCAAAGUUGCAAAUAUCCUGAAUUGCUUCACCUUCUCAAAGGACAGACUCAUAGUCCUGGAACUAAUAGCUUUGAAUAUUUCAGAUGCUCAGAAUUAUCGUCCUGUGGAGGAUCUGUUUCGCAUACACUUGUCUGAGAAGAAGCGGGCUCGCAGGAUACUGGAGCAAGUGUGUAAGGUUGGCUGCAAGGCUCCUGUAGCCAUGAUAUCCUCCUGUGGUAUAAUACCAGGAAAUCCAUACCCUAAAGGAAGACCCAGCCUGGUCAGCGGCACAUUCCCUGGAAUCCCUCCAUUAAAGAAAGAAAAUGAGAAGAAAGAUGACACAUCAAACAACAUGGAGGGGAAAGGAAUCGCUGCUCGGAUCACCGGACCAUUCAAACCUUUCCCUUCAAGCUACAAUCCUCAUCGCCCUGUGCCCUACCCUAUACCACCAUGCCGACCUCAUGCUACCAUCGCUCCAAGUGCGUACAACAACGCAGGCCUUGUUUCUAUGGGAGGGGUUAUAACAGCCAGCGUACCCCCUCCCCCCUACAACUCUACCCACAAAGUAGCAGGUUAUGCCAAACCAGGCAAUCACCACAUAACCACACCUGGAGUCAACAGCGGGCCCCUCCUCAUUCCUCAUGGAUCCACGCCUUCUACCCCUGCCCAGCCCCAGGCCUCUCCUGCCCAGCCGACUCCCACGACCCCUAUCACACCAGUUUUUCCCGGCAUGGUCCCCUCCCACAACCCUAACGCCCCCUCCCCCUCCCCUGCUCCAUCCCCGUCUGUGAUCAAAGCAGGACCUCAGACCCCUGGCGGGCACGGUCCACCUACACCGUCAUCUGUCAUUAAAGCCCACACUCCUUCAGGCACCCCUUGUGGAACUCCCGCCCCUGGCAGCUUCUCCCCCUUCCAUGCUGUUUCCCGGCCAGGCACCCCAGCUACCUCUCGCAGCGGCCCAGACCCCCUAAAUCAGACGAACUCCAUGGGCUCAACUCACCAGUCAGGACUCAUGCAUCCUGGCAUACACCCACAAGCAGGUAACCCCUCUGGUUCCGUGAUCCGAAGUUACACCCCGUCUGGACCUUCAUCUCUCACUCCUGGAUCAUCCACUCCAGUUAUUCCGAGCUGCUCCACCCCGGGUCUCAGUCCCAAACCUUCCCCGGUUCAUUCAGCUCAGGUUCAGGCUGCCAUGGCUGCAGCUGGUGUCCUGAACAGACACCCUGGGGGUAGUAACAGUGGCAGUAACAGUCCAGUGCCCUCUGCUUUCAAGGGCACCUCUCGCUCUGGCACACCGUCUGUUAGUUCUCUGGUGGUGCCGGGCUCUGCGCAGGCUGCUCUGGCCCGUUCCUUUGGUCUGUCGCACCCUUCAGGUUCUCCUCAAGUCUCUCUCCCCAGUCCUGUUGCUAUACCCGGCCUUCAAGGUCUGUCCGCCAGCCCAGCACCCUCUCAUUAUCCUGGUCUGUCCCCAUUUUCUUCCCUUUCUUCCUCUCUUCCUCCUUCCACCAUGACCGCGUCCAUGCCCACAAUGCCUCCCAGCAGCAGCAUUUCUACCCAUCCACAAACCUCCAUCUACCAAGGCCUAGCUCCCAAUGCUGCCCCUGGUGGAGCCUCCCCUUUUGGUCUGGGCCUCACCUCUGCCCCCUCUAUAUUCCCAGGCCUUCAGCCUGGCCCUAGCCCUGCUGGCUUCCCAGGCUUGGGGGUUUCAGGUGGGCACGGUGCUGGGAGCCCCGUGUUGUCUUCAUUCAUGGGACUGCCAGGGGCCACUCCAUCUUCUGUAGCACCAGUGGCACCACUGCAAGCGGUAGCCGCCGCCGCAGCAGCCGCAGCUGGAGUUCCAUCAUCGUCGCCUGUUUUACCAGGCUUUGCGUCUGCAUUCAGUUCCAACUUUCAGCCUGGGUUGAGCAGUGGACUCCAGCCUCCAGGAAGCAGCGGGUUCCCCGGCUUGCUAUCCUUCCCCGGGGUACCGGGCUUCUCUCCCUCGGCCUCCUCUGCUGCCCUCGGUGGCCUCCAUAACCAAGCCAUGCAGUCUGCCCUGCUGCAGGCUCAUCCCUCAUCUGCUUUGGACGGCUUUCCUCCGCAGCCCAACAGCUUCACCAACUACCCUCCAGGCCCAGGAAACCCCUUCCCCCUCCAACCUGGUCUGCAUCCACAGUUGGGCUGGCAGUGAAACCCACAACACACUUUGAAACACAGAAUACACUUACACGAUGACCCCUGUCACACACCCUGCCCUACCCCUCAGUAUCUGGUGUGUUUUUUGUUUUUUUUUCUUUUUUUAUGGGCCUUGAACCCUGAGGAUCACAUGGCAGAUUGGAAAUAUUCUGUAAUGUGCGUCACAGCUUAUGUGUUAUAUUCUUUAUAGUUGUAAAUAUCAGUUGUCAAAGUUGUUAGAUUUUACAAGUAGACUGUGACUGGUUUUAAUGUUAGCUGGACUCGGCUGGUUUUAAUCAAGCUCGUCAACAUUUAUUAGUGAAUAAUGAAUUCUAGUAAAAAUGUACAUGACAUCAUGUAAUGAAUUGACAGUAUCCUCAUGUAAUAUUUCAUGUCCAGCGUCGGUGCAAGGGACAUGCCUGUGAUACUGAUCGAUUGUCCUGAAUUAAAUAUUGUAUUAUGACAUGAAAUCUUUAGGACGACUCGGGCGCGGCCGUAUUGUGAAGCGGGCGCUCUAUGAGUAUGUUGAAUCCUUGUGCUGUGUCAUGGGUGGGAUUCCUGUACACAAAAACACGCAUUUACAUUCGUGUUUGUGUUAUUUUCCUUUAAGGCACACUUGUGGCUGUUGGCAGCUUACAUUUUUCUGUUUACAUCCUUAAUUUUUGGACAGAGGUUACCCUGCUAGUGCUGUUGUUACAGUAUUUGACCGAACAUACUGUAUGCGGAUGUUGCUGGGAACAACCCGAAGCAAUGGUUCAUGGAUGUGUGGACGUACAGAGUUGUAAAAUGUCUUCUUCUGUGAUGCUUUUUCAACAAAGUGAAAACUGUAAUUUUACUUCUGAUUUUACUGUACACCUCAGCACUCUCAGUUACUUUAUUGUUUGAGAUUAUAGACACAUUGUUUGUUACA